AUGGACCACUCCGAAGCCUCCUCGCUGGCUUCUCUUCCCCUUAAAGAAACGCUUGCAUCACUCCCACCACUCUCCUCAUCCUCCAGCGAUCUCCGAGCCCAGACGCGGAAAGAGAUUCAAUCGAACCCGAAUAUUCCAAUUCUCGUAGCGCUUGAUGACGACCCCACAGGUACCCAAACGUGCCAUGACAUCCACGUUUUAACGAUAUGGAGUAUCGAUGCCCUAACGAACGAAUUCAACAUCACAAAACCAGGAAGUGGAUUCUUUAUCCUGACGAAUUCUCGAGCCUUACACCCUCCGGCCGCCCGAGCUCUCAUGGUUGAAAUAUGUCAGAAUCUAAAGCAGGCAGCUGCGGCGGCCGGGAAGACUUUCGAGGUGGUGCUUCGAGGAGAUUCCACGUUACGGGGCCACUUUCCGAUCGAGCCAGAAGCCGUGGAAGAGGUUCUUGGAAAGAGCGAUGCAUGGAUUCUUGCGCCAUUCUUCUUGCAGGGUGGUCGAUAUACUAUCAACAACGUACAUUAUGUAGCAGAAGGAAUCACGCUAGUGCCGGCCGGCGAUACACCAUUUGCGAAGGAUGCAACAUUCGGAUACAAGAACAGUGACCUUAGAGACUGGGUCGUGGAGAAGUCAAAAGGUACAAUUGUGCGGGAGAGGGUAAGGAGCCUCAAUUUGAACGACAUCCGAGCAGGCGGCGCUGAGAAGAUUGGCGAGAUUUUGAUGGGAUCCGCAAGAGGCAGCGUCAUCAUCGCGAAUUCGGCAGCUGAAGAAGACAUGGAUGUUAUAAUCUUAGGGAUUCUCAAAGCGUCGGCACAGGGAAAGAAGUUUCUCUUCCGCUCUGGGGCAGCAUUCGUCUCCGCCCGCCUCGGUAUCUCACCUAUCCCUCCCAUCUCCGGAAAACAACUACAUCUCGAUCCUUCAAGAGGCGGCCUCAUAAUCGCUGGCUCUUACGUUCCAAAAACGACAGCUCAGCUCGAGGCUCUAAUGCAGAGAUCUGGCAAUCGACUAUUGGCUAUCGAGCUCGACGUCAACAAGCUCCUCGAAUCCCCGGAGCAAGCCGAACAAGAGCUGCAACAUGCCCUAUCGGUGGCAGAAUCCGAGCUCACAAAACCGCAAGAUGUGCUUGUUAUGACAUCUCGCAAACUCAUCGUUGGUGCGGACGAAGCAAACUCUCUUGAUAUCGGCGCAACUGUUGCCAGAGCGCUUGUCUCGUUCCUUGUACGUCUUAAAGCGAAACCACGGUAUGUGAUUGCGAAGGGCGGAAUCACGUCCUCUGAUAUGGCGACAAAGGGAUUGAAUAUGAAGAGGGCUAUGAUCGUUGGUCAAGCAGCCGCUGGCGUCCCACUUUGGAGAUGUGAUGAGCCUACUUGCAAACAUCCAGGCUUACCUUACGUCAUAUUCCCAGGUAAUGUAGGUAGUGAGGAGACACUUUUUGAGGUUGUAGAUCGUUGGCGGGUGUAG